CUCUUCACGUUCAGGUCCCAUCCCAGCAGCCUUUGCGAACGAAAUGGCAGCCCCCGUCCUGCAAGGCUUGUGUCGUUUAUCCAAGCCUUUGAGCUGUUGGUCACGGCAGCCAGCCCUGGUUGCUCAAUCCAUAGCUGUAGUUCCAGUAAGAACUAAAAAACGUUUCACACCUCCUAAUUAUGAGCCUAAAUACAAGUCACAGAAGGAAUUUAUAGAACACGCUCGGAAAGCAGGCUUGGUCAUUCCUCCGGAACGUUUGGAACGUGCCAAACAUCUGGCCUGUACAGCUGGUAUUUUUGAUACCUAUGUUCCUCCGGAGGGUGAUGCUCGAGUAUCAUCUCUUUCAAAGGAAGGACUGAAACAGAGAACUGAGAGAUUGAAGAAGAAUGUGGCAUCACAGUUGUCAAUCCAGAAGAUAAAAGAAUAUGAUGCAAAUUUUAAAACAGCAGAUUUCCCUGAAAAAGCUAAAGAUAUCUUCAUUGAAGCUCACCUUUGUCUAAACAAUUCAGACCAUGAUCGGCUUCAUACCUUGGUUACUGAACACUGUUUUCUGGACAUGGUCUGGGACAUCAAAUAUAAGACUGUGCGCUGGAGCUUCGUGGAAUCUUUAGAGCCACCACAGGUGGUUCAGGUUCGCAGUUCAAGCAUGGUGAACCAGGGCAAUAUGUACGGCCAGGUCACAGUACGCAUGCACACCCGGCAGACUCUGGCCAUCUAUGACAGGUUUGGCCGGUUGAUGUAUGGACGAGAUGUGCCCAAAGAUGUUGUAGAGUAUGUGGUGUUUGAAAAGCACCUGACAAACCCUUAUGGGAGCUGGAGAAUGCAUGGCAAAAUUGUUCCCAAAUGGGCACCGCCCAAACAACCUAUCCUUAAGACGGUGAUGAUCCCCGGCCCCCAGCUGAAACCAGGGGAAGACUAUGAAGACCAUAAACCUCAGCUGGCCUGA